GACCGACUGCCUACUAUUGCUGCUACUGAUCACACUCUUUCUUUCUUCUUCACAAUUGUAUCCAGAGAUUCUCCAUUUCUGCCUAUUGUAUGCUACUAUUUUGUCAUUGCCAUCUUUGAAUUGUCGAGAUACUAUUUCUGUGCCUUCCUUGUCUUGCUCGCUGCACCUGCUUAUCCGCACCUUCCGAAUCCACCAUGUCCAAAACAUUCUCGGCCGCCGAUGUGGCAACACACAACAAGGCCGACAACCUGUACAUCAUUGUCGAUGAAGAUGUCUAUGACUUGACUAAAUUUCAGGACGAGCAUCCAGGCGGAAAAAAGAUCCUCCAAAGAGUGGCUGGAAAAGACGCAUCGAAGCAGUUCUGGAAAUAUCACAAUGAGGGAAUUCUCAAGAAGUUCAAGUCAAAGUUGCAUGUUGGUUCAUUGGAUUCUAAGAAGGCGGCCGCACCACCCACACCCCCCGCCACCCCGCCUCCACAGGAGAAGACACCAAAGGUAGUCCCUCAAGCAGAGUCUGGCACCGUUGCUCCUGCGCCGGGCCCUGCUGCUCAUGAGGAGGCCGAAGCCCUCGACCCCUAUGGCUCUCUGAUUCCAUUCGGCGACCCCAACUGGUAUCAAGGAUACCACUCCCCAUACUACAACGAGACCCAUGCUGCGCUUCGAGCCGAAGUGCGAGAAUGGGUUGAGACCGAACUCGAACCCUAUGUGACCGAAUGGGAUGAGACAAAGCGUGUGCCCGAGUCAAUCUAUAAACAAUGCGGUGAACGUGGCUAUCUGGCUGGUCUUCUUGGUGUCAAGUACCCCAAACACCUGGUCAAGAACACCGUCAAGAGCGUUCCCCCUGAGAAGUGGGAUCUGUUUCAUGAAAUGCUCCUGACCGAUGAGCUCUCGAGGACAGGCUCCGGAGGUCUCGUCUGGAAUUUGUUGGGCGGCUUCGGAAUCGGAUGCCCACCACUGGUCAAGUACGGUCAGAAGAAACUCGUGGAACGCAUUCUGCCAGGAAUUCUCUCUGGUGACAAGCGCAUCUGUCUGGCCAUCACUGAGCCCGAUGCCGGUUCUGAUGUCGCCAAUCUUACCUGCGAAGCCAAGUUGAGUGAAGAUGGAAAACACUAUAUCGUCAAUGGAGAGAAGAAGUGGAUCACCAACGGUAUCUGGUGUGAUUACUUCACCACGGCCGUGAGAACCGGUGGACCAGGCAUGGGAGGAGUGAGUCUUCUCCUCAUUGAACGAUCCGAGGGGGUCAGCACCAGACGUAUGGACUGCCAGGGAGUGUGGAGCAGUGGCACGACAUAUAUUACAUUUGAAGACGUUAAAGUGCCCGUUGAGAAUGUGCUGGGCAAGCCCAACAAGGGCUUCCAAGUGAUCAUGACCAACUUCAAUCACGAACGAAUCGGAAUUAUCAUCCAGUGCACACGAUUUUCUCGAGUUUGUUUUGAGGAAUCGGUCAAAUACGCAUCCAAGCGAAAGACAUUUGGCAAGAAGUUGAUCGACCACCCAGUGAUUCGACUGAAGCUCGCCCACAUGGCACGCCAAAUUGAAGCGACCUCAUCGUGGCUGGAAAACAUUGUAUAUCAAUGCCAGAAGAUGAACGAAACCGAGGCCAUGCUGAGACUGGGUGGAGCCAUCGCAGGUCUCAAGGCCCAGGCGACCACGACAUUUGAAUUCUGUACCAAGGAGGCUGCUCAGAUCUUUGGUGGUCUAGCAUACUCCCGGGGCGGUCAGGGAGCCAAGAUCGAGCGCUUGUAUCGGGACACCCUUGCAUACAAGAUUCCCGGUGGAAGCGAGGAGAUUAUGCUCGACUUGAGUAUUCGACAGAGCAUGAAGGUCCACAAGGCCUUAGGCAUGAAGUUGUAGGAUGACUUGAAUGUCGAGGUAGAAACAGCCCUCCACCUUGUACUCUGUCUCCCAUCUUCAAUUCUGAUGUCAUGGGACGAAAUACAAUCCUCACGUGAAAGCCCAA